AUGCAAGCCGUUGUCUUCAAGGGUCCGUUGGAGGUCGCCCUGGAACAGCGACCCCGACCACAAAUCAAAGAUUCAACCGAUGCAAUUUUAAAAGUGCGCUACACGGCAUUAUGUGGAAGUGAACUCCACGUCUUCCGCGGCCACCAACCCUCGGGAACGGGAUUUAUCAUGGGCCACGAGUUUACCGGCGAGGUGGUCGAGGUCGGGGCCGACGUUCAGUCUUUCAAGCAAGGAGACCGUGUGGUAUCUCCAUUCACUGUCAGCUGCGGCGAGUGCUUCUAUUGUUCCAGCGGGUUCUCAUCCCGUUGCGCUCGGUCACAACUGUAUGGAAGUGCAGUGCUGGACGGAGGACAGGCCGAGUAUGUUCGAGUGCCGUUGGCGGAAUCGACCCUUUUCCAUGCGCCAGCUGCAAUCGAUGAAAAGAAGCUGGUCCUCAUGGCAGACAUCUUUCCGACCGGCUAUUUUGCGGCAAGCAAUGCAUUCCGUGGACUUGAGCCCAAGACAGUCCAGAAUAGCACCGUAUUGUUGUUUGGAUGUGGGCCCGUCGGCAUCUGUGCCCUGGUCAGCGCCUUGGAGCAUCGUCCCAAGCAUUUGAUUGCGAUUGAUAGCGUUCCGUCGCGUUUACAGCUCGCGCAAAGUCUCGGAGCAGAGCCAUGGAACUUCCAAGAGAAUGAAGCUGGUCUUCGUGAAAGAGUCAAGGAACUUACCGAUGGUCGCGGAGCUGAUGUCGUUAUCGAGGUCGUGGGUCACAGUAGCGCGCUACGGAUGGGUUUCGAGAUGCUUCGUCCUUGGGGUGUACUUUCCAGUGUGGGUGUACACAAUGGCGAGAUUCCUUGGACUGGCAACGAGGCAUAUGGAAAGAACUUGCGACUACAGAUGGGACGAUGCCCCGUUCGCAGUAUUUUCGGAGAAGCUAUGGAAUUGUUGGCUAAGAAGCAGGAUGUGUUGAAUUUCAUGUCCGAAGACAUUCGUCCGCUGUCUCAAGCCGUACAAGCGUAUGAGGAUUUCAACCAAAUGAAGUCCCAGAAAGUGAUCUUCGAGGCCGACAAGUAG